AUGUCUCUUUCUUCUCAACCACCACCACCGUCUAGUUCUCUAGGCUCUCUCUGUGAAUCGCUAAAACCUCCCGUAGAGUUCAAUCGCUAUGAAAACGCAGACGCCGAAACGCAUGCGAGGCUGGAGAAAUGGAAGAACGGCUCUGUGGCGAGGCUGAGAGAACUGCGAGAUCUUAUCCGGCAACAUGUUGGUGGCGAACCGUCUCUGGGGUCUUCUGGUCAGGACAAUGGCGCGGGCUUUUCAUUGGACGAAUCAGUGGCUAUUAUAGCUGCUACGACACCGUUUGCCGUGGACUUGGUGCAGCUCAACAACGAGAUUGGCGGUGGAGAAAGAUAUGUAGAGGAAACGAACGUCUUACGGUCUCUCCUGUGUGUAUGGAUCCUACCCGAGUCCCAAGAAAUCGCGCAAGACAUCCUCGACCUCCUCUACCCAUCCACCUCGCAGUCUCCUACCUCUCCCCCACAACCACCACACGUACCCCAACAAACACUCCGCCACCUCCUUUCACACACGAUCAAACCCAUUUUCAAAGCCUCCAACCCCCAUCCCCAUCUAAACCUCCAAACUGGAAAAAGUCUUCCGCCUAGUCAGGUGGGGAGACCCCCGCAACAAGGAGGGUUCGCGAGUGUGACGCAGGAUUUUUAUGAAUCUGAGGGGCAGAGGUGGAAAGGCUGGGUUGGACUUGGGGGGAUUCUUUAUUGGUGUGUUUCGAACCUCGAGGCAAGCGCGUAUGAGGACGUAUGGCAUCUGGUCAUUCCGCCUCUCAUGACCUUCUUGGAUGACUACCAACCGCCGUAUAAGUUAUGGGGUCUAUACAUCGUCCGCGCAAUGCUCCAACGCGUUCCUUCCACUCUCCUACGCAAAACUGGAAUCGACGGAUUGAUUCGAUCCUCUUUUGGCAAAGCACUGGCACACCAAGACUCUGAAAUAGCACCUCCAAUCCUCCGACUAGCCAUUUCGCAGUCUCUCAAGCUAAUCCUGCUCACAACCCAACGCGGUUCAAAAGACCGAUUCGACGCCCUAUGCACGCUCGUAGGCGAAAACAUCAUCUCGGAUAUUUGGACAUACGCGUUCGACAAACCCGCGGUCGUACGAGCGACGCUCGACGCGCUCCCAGAUGUCGUUAGAGAACUCGAUGUCGGAUGCACGCGGUUCCUAAAGAUGUUCAUCCCCCAACUAACCCAGCCCCUCCUCCUCCCCUCCCAGUCCCCUCCAAUACCCGGCCUCCCACCGAUCGACCCCUUACACCUCACAAUCCAACUCUCAUCCCUCAAACUCCUCAUACCAUUGAUCAACGUCUGCGCACCGCGGAUGUACAACUGGAGACUAACUAUCCUGAACGCCCUGGUGCGGUGCUGGGUUUCAGUGAUCGUAGACAGAGCGAAAUUGCUUGUCGAUGUCUCCUCAGGUUCGGAGAACAAGGACGGAGGAGGACAACCUCCAGGCAUCGAUGAAGGACUGGAGGAGCUGAAGGCGCUGUUACAAGAAGCAUGUCGCGAUCUUGUUUCAGCCUGUCCUUCGCUCAAAGAGGUCAGUAAUUUGCAUUCCUUGGAUGAUAGCCGUGAUUGA